AUGGAUUUCGUUCACGGAGAUCAGUCAGAUGUCAAGCACAGUCAUGAUCUCGAAUCUGGAACUCCCCCUCCGCAGUAUCCUGUAAAAGGCGAAACGAUUCUGACGACAGACGAUCAAGACAGUACGGAUGCGAUCAGAGCGAGAGAAUUGCAGCAGAAAAAUGGCGUACUUCAUACGCUUCGCAGAGGAGAGGAAUGGCUCGAUGAGAAAUUAGGGAUUGAGACACAGGGUAUUGAUCUUAUUCGAGAAGAAGACAAAAGACCGCCCUCAAUCUUGAAUGUCUUCUUGUUGUGGUUCAGUAUGACUUGCCAUGUUGGAACGAUCCCAAUUGGAAUGCUGGGUCCCGAGUUUGGACUGUCGUUCAAAGCAUCGUGUGCUGGAUGUGUGAUUGGUACAUUUUUAGGGGCACUUUGUACGGCUUACUGCGGUACUCUUGGUCCAAAGCUCGGUCUCCGUGCAAUCGCUACUUCUCGUUACUCCUUUGGUUUCUACGGCGCCAAAAUAUGCUCUGUCCUGAACGUCGUCGUUGGUGGUGGAUUUGCAGUCGUCAAUGUCGUGGUUGUUGGUCAAAUCCUCUCGGCCGUUUCUGAUUAUCAUAUGACAAUCGCUGUUGGAUGUGUUAUCAUCGCAGUCUUGAGUUACCUGAUUUCGAUUUUCGGAUUCGCACUCAUCCACACCUUCGAGAAAUACUCCUGGAUCAUGUCAUUCGUCCUGUUGCUGAUCUUGCUCGGCCAGGUUGGAGGCAAAGUCGACACCUCAAUCCCAGCACCAACAUCAGGUCUUGACUUUUCUGGGGCCAUGUUGAGUUUCAUCGCACUCUGCUUCUCCUCCUCAUCUGGAUGGUGUUCAAUUGCCUCUGAUUACUACUGCAAUUACCCAGCCAAGACUCCAUCAUGGAAGAUCUUCUCCCUCACUUUGGUCGGUGUUACGAUCCCAACAGUUUUCACGACCUUGGUAGGAGUCUGUCUCGGUAGCAUCACGACUCUCCAGACAGAUCCAUCAACAGCCUAUCUCACGGAGGCUUACGAAGACCAUGGACUUGGCGGUCUCCUCAGAGAAUCAUACCAUCCUCUCGGCUUCUCCAAGUUCUGCCUCAUCCUACUCGUUUUCACUGUCCUAGGAAACAACGUCGCAAUCAACUACUCAUCCGGUCUCUCACUUCAACUUCUCGGUCACUACUUCCACGCUGUUCCCCGUUUCAUCUGGUCUUUCAUCAACGCCUUAGUUAUCGCCGUUCUUGCCAUCGCAGGUCGUGAGCAUCUCUCCACCAUCGUCAGCAACUUCGUGUCGCUGCUCGGUUACUGGACCGUAUCCUUCACUUUCAUCCUCCUCAUCGAAGACAAAAUCUACCGACGAAGAACCGGCUACAACUUGAGUGUUUGGAACAGCCCUUCGAAACUACCGAUGGGACUUGCUGCAGUUUUGGCGUUGAUUGUCGGGUAUUGCGCUGGAGGUGUGACGGGAAUGAGCCAGACGUGGUAUGUUGGUCCGAUAGCCAGAAAGUUUAGUGCAUAUGGUGGUGAUGUCGGUGUUUAUCUAUCUGGGGCUUUUACCAUCAUAGUGUAUCUCCCGGCGAGGUAUUUUGAAAGGAAGAUGACCGCUAGAUAA